AGCGGUUGCAGGAGCAAAUGGACACUGAGGUUAUAGCCUGCAGCACGGUCACGCUUGCUGCGUACAUAACUAGAAGCUUGCCAGAUAUCUCACGACAUACACUCAGUUGACUGAAUUUCACAUAUCAAAAUGGCAACGAUCACAGAAUCGAAGACACAGAUAGAUAGAUCAUCUGGCUCCAACCUUAGCCAUGUGACGUCAGAUGAUCCUUAUCAAACUGCUCUGGCCUCACUCGAACGCGACGGUUUCGUAGUCCUCCCGGCCUCUCUGUUCCCUUCUUUUGAUCUUCCUACACUCCGCGAAGCAGCUUCGCGAUCCACAAAAGCCGCGCGAUCAGGACAAUGGCCCUACAUCCGCACACUACCCAAGCAAUUCCCACCAUGGCCCCAAGAUCCCUCCAACGGAAUAUGGGGCGUACAGCACCUCCUCCACCCCUCUAACCCCGACCACCUCACCUUCGCCAAGAGCUACUUCGACACCGAACUCCUCAAAUACGUCAAAACCCUCAUCGGCUGCGAGGAAGAAGACCUCGUCAUGGAACUCUACAACAUGCUUGUCCGGCCCGACAAGAAAUUCGAACUCCGCUGGCACAGAGACGACAUCCCCGCGGACGCGACGCCCGAGCAAGAGAUGGAGCGUCUACAGAAGCCAGGGUACCACGCGCAGUGGAACCUCGCGCUCUUCGACGACGCAUCGCUGAUCGUGGUGCCUGGCUCGCACAAGCGUGCACGCACGGAAUUCGAGCGUAAUGCCGACCCCUACGAGCAGAACAUGCCGGAGCAAUUGGUGGUGAAGUUGAAGGCGGGAGAGGUGGCGUUUUAUAAUAAUAACAUUCUGCAUAGGGGCGCGUAUGAUCCGGAGAAGGAGAGGAUGACGUUGCAUGGGAGUAUUGGGAGUAGUAAGGCGGGGGGAGAGAGGGCGAGGAAUGUGCUACAGCAUGGUGUUGGGGAGUGGGUGGGACAGUAUGAUUUUGAUGAUUUCGAUCCGGAUGUUGCGAAGAGGGCGAGCUCGAUGAGGGAGAAGCUCAUUGAGAUGGGGAAGAGGAGUGGGGAUGUUGGGUACUAUAGUAAAGAUGAAUAGGGUGAUGUUGUGGGAAUUCGCAGCUAUGAUACGUGUUCUAUUUUAUACUUUUGAAUAUUCCCUACCUAGUUGGAAUUGAAGUCACAUCUGAAUGCAUC